AUGUUUGUCUUCAUUGGGUCACCCUUGAUUCACGGCCUGGAACUGAGCGCCCUGGAAGCUGUGUGUCUGACUACGACCUCUGGCCUACAGAUGGCGGUCGAAGGCGUGAAGAUAAUGCCUCGCUUAAGGUUGGGGCGCAUAAAGAUACUGGUGUUUAAGGUCAUGUGUGAUAGUGAUCCCAUGACGGUUCACGGUAGUAACUACCUCUGGCUUACUAGUUCUGUGAAAGUUAUUUUAUUCUGUGUGUUGCAGGUGGAGUGGCUGGGUACGGGCGGGUGUUCUGCUGUGGGUAGCGUCUGGUUUACACUUCACGUGGCUGCCAUCUGGACGCUAACGGCCCUCAACGUGGACAAGUACGUGGCCAUCGCCUCGCCCCUGCAUUACGCCCGCUUCGUGUCGCCAGGACGCGUGGGCGUGACGGUCUCAGUGUCAUGGGUGUUAUCAGCGGGUCUGUGUACACUGCCGCUGGUGCUGCCGGGGCUCCAGAGCUCCCCGCGACCUCCUGGCUGUUGUUUACCCGACGUGGUAUCCGCCUCGCCAGUCGUGGGUCGCAGCUACGCCCUGGUGCUCUCCUUGCUGGGGUACCUGUUGCCGGCACUACUCGUGGCUUCCGCUAAUGGUCGUAUCCUGGUGAUAGCACGUCACCACCGUCACAGGAUUGUGUCGGCGCUAUGGGACGUCACAGUGUCAGCUCAGGCCACCGUCACACCACAGAGGUCCCACUUUUACCUUACUCGUUACAGGGGGCGCUCGGCUGCCACCACUGUAUUCCAUUUUGUUGGCACUUUCAUUAUCCUGUACCUGCCAUCAGCGGUGUGUCUGUUAUACGAGGCCCUAGCCAGGUCUUACGUUCCCGUCACCGUCUCCAUCACUAACUUUGCUCUGCUUACGUUCGCCCCAGCCAUCAACGGCUUCGUGUAUGGGGUGAAAAGUAAAGUACUUCGAAAAAACUUUAAAAAUUUCCUGAGAAAACGGUUGUACAGAAGCGAAGUCCAUUAUGAAAUCCAGUCUCGCGCGCCGUCAGUGCCUGCGUCACGGCGGCCCUCUAUCACUCCUUCCCUCUCGCUGCCCCUCCAGCAGAAGCUACAGCGUCGCAUGUCGGAGAUACUCAUCCAGCCUACCACCUCCACGCCCAGCGACACUACCCUAAAACUCGUUCGACGGUCUUCCGAACUCAGCUUUCGGCCACGAGGCUCUAACUCAUCCAUUCCCAGGGACACCACUCCUUCUCGACCUACCAGUGACUCACCGGUACUUCCCGGCAGUCAGAUCACUCAAACCGACUCACAAAAUGACCAAUCUAAGAGUGACCAAGUCAAAUGUGAUUAUGUCAGAUGUGAUCAAGCAAAGUGUGACCAGGCCAGAGGGGGCAGCCAGGAUAAGGUAAACUCCUCUCCACCCAAGAGUCCCCUCAGUCGCAAUACAAACGUCUUUCGUUUACUCCCCCAGUCCAGCAGUUUGGAGGAGAACGCUGAUCAAGAGAAAGAAGCCACUAACCUCGCUAACUCGUCAACCGUUAUGUCCAACCAUCGCACGUCUUUAAGACGAGCUCUGUUUGCUAGGAACAAACAAAAAAGUCUGGACUUUGAGAUGACUUGUUUGUAUAUGCAGGAAAAUUGUCCCGAGUCUAACGCUCAUCCACCUCGUAGUGCGUCACAGCAAAUAGUUGGCGAGGUAGGAGGAAGUCCAUCACUGGUUCGACCCCUGCUGCUGGGUCAGUGUUCACAGCCACCUCUCUCGCCUGCCAGAAAGACUAAGCGAGUCUCAUGGUCAUCAGACAGCUUUUCCGACUCGCCCAUGGAUUCAGACACGGACACCGGCAUCAUCUAACCUGUCCUACCCAGAUAUCGUAAAAAAGCCAUGUUCCGCAACAAUGGUCUGCGUUUCGACUUUUCAAAAGUGUCUCUGGAGCGUAUCGAUUCUGAGGACACUCGCCAUUCACUGGAGCACAGUGAUUCUUUGGAAUCAUCACCCCCAAAUUCUCCACAAAUUACUGGCAACAAGGAAAGUGAGAAGGUGCAGGUCCAUUUUGUCCACGGUCCCAUCGUGGCCAAUGGGAAGGUCCUCAGUAAGAGUAACGGGCACCACGAUAUAGCGGAAGUAGUAGUCAUUCCCACAGAAGACAGGUAAAACUCUCCUACUCAUACGUACUGCAGGAGAGUUGAAGCCAAUUCUCAUCACCCUUGGGCUUUCUUAGGAAACACAAAUCAGGGUAUUACAGCAGGACGAAGAUCAAGGUACAGGCUGGUGUGGACCAGCCCCUACUCUCACUGACCGGAGCGACAUCCAGGCUUCUCUUGUCCAUCAGAUUAUCUUAAUAUUCCUUUCAUUGGUAUGAAAGAGUAAUAGGAUGCUUGGUAACAGUCGUACUUGGUGUUUUAUAUUAUUGGUAAGAAAGGACAGUAAUACUACGUUCGUGCACACUAGUGGCCAUUACAUUGAACUGACGCAUCAUGAUGCAUCACAUUAGCUGUUAGAGAGCCUAAGACUUUUUAGAAUAAGAUAAAACUUUACGAGCUAUGUUAAUUAAGCUCGCUCACCCUCACGGUGCAACAGACUCAGCAGGACAACUCUCACUCAGUGGACAUGCACCGAGCCAUAAAAAAAGUCAUUUAAACCUCGCAGAGAAUUUUCAAAGUAGUGCAGUGACUGAGAUCAAGAUCGUAGGCUCAUUAACUUAUGAAAUUCAGUCUGAGACAGAAAUAUACCUGACAGUACAUAUCCAUAUGCUGUUAACAAUGUCUACCUAUCCAUUUCCACAUUCCUUAAUUUAUUCACACGUGCAUUCAUCCACACCUUUACUGUCCAUAAACACUACAACGUCACACUCCUAUUUAUUUCUGUCUCAACAGAAAUGAUAAACACACAUUCAGAGAACUAUGUCGUGUAAAUAACUGUUAUGUAGCUAUAUACCAGCUGACCAAGAACUGCUGUGAAGGAUUUAAAGUGGAUAUUCGAACUAAAAAUAGGACAGAGAUCAUCCACACUUGCAGUUCCUUGCUGCUGAGUUUCUCCAGCACAAAAGUCGACCUAGGAGUGACUCGCGUCGAUAUUUAAGACUUUGCAACACAUUUGGUAAUUUUUGCUUAAUGCGAACAGCAAUUUACCGUAACAUUUUUAACUCAUUUUGGAACACCAGCAGUGUGCAGUUGCCAUAUUCUAUAAGAAUUAUAUGGUGGGAGCACCUGAACUGUGCGGCUACCAUAUUCUAAUGUUUACAGAAUAGAAAUAUCUGUGUGCAGGUACCAUAUUCUGUACGACUCACAUUGUGGGAACACAUCUAGUGCGCAGAUGAACUGAUCUGUUUGAGUUGCGUUAUAGGAAUAUGCGCAGUGUGCGGCUACCCUAUACUAUAUGAGAACUAUCUUGUAGGAGUAAUCCGCAGUGGGCAGGUACCCUAUGUUACACUGAGUUGCAGUGUGGAAACACCUGCAGUAUGAGACUACCAUAAACGAGACAAUGAAAUCUGUCAACCUGAGCUAGGAGACUGGUAGAAAGAUGAAGAUAUCUUCCUGUAUUUACAUAGGGAUUUCGUAGCUACGAUAAUUUUAAAUGGUUCGUUCCCACAAAGUUGUAGUUACUCUGUCCCGUAAUUAUUCGGUAUACGAGGCCAAAGGGUCAAAGCAACUGGCUCGGAGUUCAUUCAAGCAAGUAGCUGAAUUAACUGAAGAUUCGCUGUAGCAGGUCAGGCCACAGCCCGAGUGUUUCAAGUUACAGCACAGCACAACCUGAUAGCAUCACUCAACACGUGCUGAGAUCAAUCAAAUAAUACGGAGGAAUAGACUGCCCAUUCAAAACAACAGAGGAUCGGACAGUGACCAUAAGGAAGCAGUUUACCGGAGUAGUAAACAAGGUCACGGCUAGAGUAGACUAAACUCGGUACAUGUGGGUGGAAUUUUGGGAAUAGUAAACAGGCUACGACUUGAAAGAGCUAGGCCACGUUACAUGAGGGUGAAGGCGCGGGACUAGUAGGCCGGGUAACGAUUCAAGUUGGCCAGAUCGAGUAACUAGUGGGGUCAUGAUACGGCUUUAUGGAGCAAGGUCGCGGAACAAGCAGGAAGAGUUACUACACGAGAGAACAAGUUCGCAGAGCUUGAGGGUCGGCUUCCGGCAUCGUUAUCCACUAGUUAUCCCACAGCCUCUCCAGCUAAGAGCUAUGUCGUCGUUACUGCAGGAAGCUCUCACAAGCACAGAAGCCUCCGCUUCAUCUUCCAGGCAGCACCAUUUCGGAAGUACUCGGCUGAAACUUUGGUACUUGUAUGUAAGGCUCUCUCUACUCGUUAUUGAAGAUCGUAGUGUACUCAAAUCCUGAGGAGCUCAACGAUUACACCCAGAGAGGCCGUGAGCUACUAAUCAGUAUAGACAAUAUAGAGUCCCUUCGCUUUGGAAUUACUGCUUUAAGUCACUUCUCAACUCGGGACUGGGAAAGCUGCCUUAACACCGCGUCAGUCACUGCUUGACCUUGGACUUAAAUCACCGUCACACGGCGGGAUAAAUCACUAUAACAAACGCGAGAGAAAUCAAGCACAUUCGUAUGGUCUGCAAUUGCAGUGAGCCAGACUCCACCAUCCUUUUAAACAUAUUGCAUCACCAGAUCACAUCCCAGACCAUCCACUAGCAACCACCACCAGUUCAUCCCUGAUCCCUUCCCUCCCAUUACCAAUACAGUGCUGCUGCUGCACCACCACCACAAUCUGAUCGCAUACUGCCUGGGAAUUAAACAUUAUCACGGGUAUUAAGCUGUCCCAAACCUCUGUCGGAUUCACUUCAUUGAAUUAACUGAAAGAAAAAAAAACUUUUCAUACCGAAUUUUUAAUCUAUUUUUUUUGUGACGCUUACUUUAUCAAAUACAUUUUUGCAUCAAAAUACACAUAUUGACAAACCACGUUAAAAUAUUAAAUCUGGGAAAAGAUGUAUUAAACCGUGUUACAAAGAAGAAGUUUAAAAG